CUACCGGGAGGGUGAGUAGGGCCGGCCGCCAGAGCAGGAUUGCAGUCUUCCAGGACCCGGAGACCCUCCGUUGAAUCCGGCACUGGGACGUCUUACCCUUUCGUGGCACCUGUUGCAGGUGACAGCGCUUGGCCAUCGCGCCGGGUCUCGGUCUCGCCCUGCUUCCGGACCUCGGACCUCGCGGCGUCAGCUUCUCUGGCCUCUGUAGGUCCGCCAAAGGCAACUGUGGUGGCAUUCCUGGUCUGAUUGAUUUGAAGAAAGAAGAGUAGAAUAAAAAUAUAGAAUAAAUCAUGUCAGAGAUACUUGACCUCUCUUUUCUGUCUGAGAUGGAGAGGGAUUUGAUCCUCAGUGUUCUACAACGAGAUGAGGAGCUCCGGAAAGCAGAUGAGAAAAGGAUUAGGCGACUGAAGAAUGAGCUACUGGAGAUCAAAAGGAAAGGGGCCAAGAGGGGCAGCCAAUUCUAUAGCGAUCGGACCUGUGCCCGGUGCCAGGAGAGCCUGGGCCGUUUGACUCCCAAGACCAACACUUGUCGGGGUUGUAAUCACCUGGUGUGUCGGGACUGCCGCAUCCAGGAAAGCACUGGUACCUGGAGGUGUAAGGUGUGCACCAAGGAGAUAGAGCUGAAGAAGGCAACUGGAGAUUGGUUUUAUGAUCAGAAAGUGAAUCGCUUUGCUUACCACACAGGCAGUGAGAUAAUUAGGAUGUCCCUGCGCCGCAAACCUGCAGUGAAUAAAAGAGAGACAGUGGGACAGUCUCUUCUUCAUCAGUCACAGAUGGAUGAUAUCUGGCCAGGAAGAAGGAUCAUUCAGGAGCAACAGAAGGAGCCCAGUGUGCCAUUUGAUGUGCCUAAGCUGAAAAGUGGAAAGAGUGCACUGGAGGCCGAGAGUGAAAGUCUGGACAGCUAUACAGCUGACUCAGAUAGCCUGUCCAGGAGAGACUCUCUGGAUAAAUCUGGCCUCUUUCCAGAAUGGAAGAAGAUGUCUGCCCCCACAUCUCAACUGGAAAAGGAAACUCAACCUGGGGAUCAAAAUGUGAUAUCUGUUGAUGAGGGUGAAAUGAUAUUUAAGAAGAACACCAGAAAAAUCCUCAGACCUUCAGAAUAUACUAAAUCCGUGAUUGAUCUUCGCCCAGAAGAUGUGGGACAUGAAAGUAGCUCCUUGGGAGACAGAAGCAAAUCUGUCCCAGGCCUCAGUGUAGAUAUGGAAGAGGAAGAGGAAGAAGAGGACAUCGACCAUCUGGUGAAGCUGCAUCGCCAGAAGCUAGCUAGAAGCAGCAUGCGAAGUGGUUCCUCCAUGAGUACAAUUGGCAGCAUGAUGAGCAUCUAUAGUGAAGCUGGUGAUUUUGGAAACAUCUUCGUGACUGGCAAGAUUGUCUUUACCCUGAAGUAUGAGCAGCAAACACAGGCUUUGGUCAUCCACGUGAAGGAGUGCCACCAGCUGGCCUAUGCUGAUGAAGCCAAGAAGCGCUCUAACCCAUAUGUGAAGACUUAUCUUCUGCCUGACAAGUCCCGCCAAGGAAAAAGAAAAACCAGCAUCAAGCGGGACACCAUCAAUCCACUGUAUGAUGAGACCCUCAGAUAUGAGAUCCCAGAAUCUCUUCUGGCCCAGAGGACUUUGCAGUUCUCAGUUUGGCAUCAUGGUCGUUUUGGCAGAAACACUUUCCUUGGAGAGGCAGAGGUCCAGAUGGAUUCCUGGAAGCUUGAUGAGAAACUGGAUCAUUGCCUCCCUUUACAUGGAAAGAUCAGUGCUGAGUCCCCGACUGGCUUGACAUCACACAAAGGCGAGUUGGUGGUUUCACUGAAAUACAUCCCAGCCUCCAAACUCCCUGUUGGGAGUGACCAGAAAAAGAGUAAAGGUGGGGAAGGGGGAGAGCUCCAGGUGUGGAUCAAAGAAGCCAAGAACCUGACGGCUGCCAAAUCAGGAGGGACUUCCGACAGCUUUGUCAAGGGAUACCUCCUUCCCAUGAGGAACAAGGCCAGUAAGCGUAAAACUCCUGUGAUGAAGAAGACCCUGAAUCCCCACUACAACCAUACAUUUGUCUACAAUGGUGUGAGGCUGGAAGAUCUACAGCACAUGUGCCUGGAACUGACUGUGUGGGACCGGGAGCCCCUGGCCAGCAAUGACUUCCUGGGAGGGGUCAGGCUGGGUGUUGGCACUGGGAUCAGUAAUGGGGAAGUGGUGGACUGGAUGGACUCGACUGGGGAAGAAGUGAGCCUGUGGCAGAAGAUGCGACAGUACCCAGGGUCUUGGGCAGAAGGGACUCUGCAGCUUCGUUCCUCAAUGGCCAAGCAGAAGCUGGGCUUAUGAGCCCCUGAUCUUCUCUGCAGGUCCAGCCCUGUCCAGGGCAAGUGAGAGAAAGUGAAGAAACCAAGAGCAAAGAUAUAUAAUUAUGUGUGUGUGUGUGUGUGUAGAUAUAUGUAUACAUAUAUAUGUGUGUGUGUAUGUGUGUGUGUAAACAUAUUUCUACAAAUCUCAUUAUGCUAGAGUGAUGCAGACUUGUUACCCUUUUUAAAGCAGGCUCAACAAUAAGGGUCUGUUCAAAAUGUUUUUAUUUGUGCAUAAUCUAGUAUAUUUCCAGAGUCCAUUCUUAUAUCUUUAUGAUGUUUAAUUAACUUAAAAAUCUUUUAAAACAAGUUUUUUUCUCCUGUCUUGCCAUCCUUUCCCUCCUUCUCCAGGAAGCCUUGGCUACCUUUGGCAUUCAUAUAGGUCUGUGUUUCCAGGUAUGCCUAGUCUGAGGCUGAGGCUCUGGGAAGCAGGGUUGGGUUACUAAAAGAUGGGAGAGAGGUGAGUAGGUCUGCCCCCUUCCUUUCCAAUUUAUAUUUUUAACUCCAUUUUUACCUUGAUAAAUUUCUGGAACUUGGCUUUUAACUCUUCUUGUUCUUAAACCAUUUCCAUAUUUCUUGGGUCUAAUGGUCUUCUUGGAAAUGCUAAGAAAAUUCCUAAGUUCCUUCCAGCUCCAGACACCUUCACUAGACUUUUAGGGAACCCUUAUAAUGGAGCUGAUUUAGAAAAAUAAUUAGAUGGCUUUUUGGUGGUCUCAGAGGACCAGAGUGAUUGAGAGUGAAAUGUUUCCCAGCUCAUACUGGAUCUUUGCAUUUUAUAUAGAUACAGCUGUUGGAGAGCAUCUCCUUUCUCUAAAAAAAAAAAAAAACGACAUUUUCACUCUCAUAUACCACAUAUUUCUUAGCAUUUGUGUCCAUGGUGUGGUACCACAAAGAAUAUGGCCUACAUUACCAGAAGAGCCAAGUACUGUCCAAACGGGCCCAGUGUUUCUCCAGCCUGGCCACUGUUAGUGCUCUAAGAGAAUGUGUUCAGAGAAUCCCCCAGUUAUUCUGACUUCCUUCUUCAAGUGAUUUCAAUUUCUAUUUUUUUCUAUUGUUUCCUAAACUUGACUUAGAUGUAACAUGGGUGUGAUGUGAUGAGACCUUUCUUAAUAGGGUCUGGUGAUCUGAGGUUCAUUUUCUGAAACUCACUGUACCAAACUGACCUUUUUUUCCUUGCAAGUGUAUCUACACAAAGUUGUUUGUGAAAGGGAUCUACCAGAGAAGAAAUCCCUAUUGGUAGAAUGUGCUGAUUGUCCUAUAAGGCCACUAGCUGGAGGGCAGCUUCAGUGGUUUCUACUGUAGAGAUGAACUGAAUGGAGGGGUGUUUUUAAAAGGUUUGUUUGGUAUGGAUUGAUAUUGUAACGGAAAGCAUGAUUUGGGAUCCUGGGCUGUAACUUGCUGCUUUGUUCUCCAUCCCCUGAAAUGUAUGUGUGCUCCAAUAAAGCUUUCUCACUUGUCAA